AACAGGAGCAAAGCAAAAGUAAAACCACACACUCUUCUUUCAGGUGCUGGUGCUCAGGCGCAGGAGCAGGGCUUCAAAAUCUCUCUCCUCUUGUUGAUCAGGAUGAGCAAGAAGGCAUAAGAAAGAGAAGCAGGGCACCCCCAGCGAUGGCAAUGGCGAUGGCGAUGGGGGAAGAGAGAGCACGACCUGGGCCAGGAGAAGAAGAGAAAUGGUUGACUCACUACUCAUCAAACCACUCUAUACUGUUGGUGGGCGAAGGAGACUUCUCUUUCUCUAAAGGCUUGGCUAUGGCUUUUGGCUCCGCCUCCAACAUUCAUGCAACUUCUUAUGAUACUUACGAUCAGUUGGUGAAGAAAUUCAAGCAGGCGAAAUCAAACUUGGGGAUUUUGAAAGAGCUGGGAGCUUCCUUGACACAUGGAGUAGACGCCACGAAAUUGAAAUGCUAUCCUGAUUUUCACCUGCAGGAAUUCGAUCGAAUCAUUUUCAACUUUCCUCAUGCAGGCUUCUAUGGAAAGGAAGACAAUACUCUUAUGAUCAACAUGCAUAGAGCACUUCUGGACGGAUUCUUUAGACAUGCUGGUGCCAUGCUUCGUCCCAAUGGUGAAGUACAUGUAAGCCACAAAAUCAGUCCUCCCUACAGCAAUUGGAAUAUCGAGGUCAUUGCAUCCCAGAAUUUUCUGGAACUGAUCGAGUGCGUGGAGUUUAGAAAGGAAGACUACCCGGAAUAUAACCAUAAGAGAGGAGCCAGUUUGAGGUGUGACGAACCAUUUCCUCUGGGUGCCUGUAGCACCUUCAAGUUCAGAUUGUUCGACAGAGCAAUAAAGAUGUCCCAGGCAUCACUCCUCGAAAGACCUCCUCAGAAAUGUUUUGGGACUCCAAUCCAAUGGCGGCAGCAGCCACAGAAUUCUUUUGGUCUUACUUAUCCUCACGCUGCACAGCUUCCAAAUGUAGGUUUGAUAGCAGAGCACGUGAAUCUGUCUCCUGCUAGUGGUCACAUAACAGGAAACAUGACUUUGCCAUUUGAGAUAAGCAUUAGAAAAGAAUAUCCAGGGUUCUCUGUUCAGCAGUUACAUGACAUGAGGAAGACUCCAGGAACAUUUUAUGAUGUUCAAGGGAAUUUUAUGGCAGGAACAUUUUAUGAUGUUCAAGGGAAUUUUAUGGCUGGCCACUACCCCGGGGUGUGUGUUGAAAGAUAUGAUUCCAGUUUCCCAAGUAGAACCUUAAAUGGAGACUUAUAUGCAGCUCGUGAACUUCAGCAUAUAAACGGCUUCAGAGUUUUAAGGUUGUGAAGGCGGUCACUACUUCCUGAUCAUCGAUUGAGUGUCAGUGACAGCAGGGAACUUCUGCAAAUAUCUGAAUUAAUCUAAGAAAGUUGAACUGGCUGUUAGAUUCUAGAAUGCUUUGGGGGAUUAGACCUCAAAUAUCCUCUGUGAAUACCGGUUGUGACAUUAGAUGCACCGGAGAGUGGAGACUUCUUCGCCUGCUUCAGAGUGGAGAUUUCUAUCCUCAACAUUAAAAGUUGGGUUAACAUUAUACUCACCUGGUAAAUAUAUUUUGUAAGCAUUAUCAUUGAUUUUGAUUAAGACUUAGAAUGGCCCAAUUCCGCGUGGACUCAAUUUGGAUUUCCGUUGGUUUGGAAAUCUUUCCUUCCUUAUAUGAACCCACUACCAAUUACUUUCUUC